AUGGCAGUAGAAUCACUGCUUACUUUUGCUGCUGAGGGAAUACUGAAGAAGGUAGCUUUGCUUGCCGCUCAAGAAUUCAUGCUGGCAUGGGGAUUUAAACGAGAGCUAAAAAAGCUUGGUCAAUCGCUAUCUGUCCUUCAAGAUUUCUUAGGUGGUGCGGCUGAGCAAGCACGAGAUCUGGGCAAGGCAGUGGAAGAUUGGGUGGAGAAACUUAAAGACAUAGCUCAUGAUGCUGAUAACGUCUUGGAUGAAAUCAACUAUGAAAUUCUCCGGAGUCAAGUGGAACUGCAAAACCAUAUGAAGAAAAAGGUACUCAAUUUCCUUUCUUCCUCAAAUGCCACUUUGUUUCGCCAAAAAAUGGCCCAUAAAAUUAAAAAAAUCAAUGCAUCUCUGGCGGAGCUCAAGAGCGAGGCAUCGUUCAUUGGAUUGGUUGCAAAGAAAAUUGAUCCGGUUGCCCAAGGCAUGGGGAGCAGGGAAACCGUCUCAAGCUUUGAUGGCGAUGAAAGUAUCUUUGGAAGGGAGGAGGUUGUGUCAGAUAUAGUAAAGACCUUGAUCAGCUCCAACCAUCAACAAAAGCUUUCGGUUGCGGCAAUUGUGGGAAUGGCAGGCUUAGGAAAGACAACUUUGGCUAAGUCAGUGUACAACGACGAUGCUAUAGACAAGUCAUUUGACAAAAGAAUAUGGGUUUGUGUCUCUAACACCUUUGAAGUGAAUUUGAUUUUAAGCCGGGUCUUAGAACUACUUAAUUCAUGGAAGACCGGAAUUCAAAGUCAGGAGGCAUUGCUUAAAAAUCUCGAAGAAGAGUUGACAGGAAAGCGAUAUAUUCUUAUACUCGAUGACGUUUGGAAUGAAGAUAAUAUAAAAUGGAACAUCUUGAUGAGUUGCUUGUCGAAACUCAAUUCUGCUCAGGGAAGCACCAUAAUUGUCACUACCCGCAGUGGCAACGUUGCAUCAAUCAUAGAAACACUUCCUAGAUAUGAUUUGAAAAAUCUAUCAACAGAGGACUGUUGGUCCAUCUUGAAGCAUAGAGCUUUUCCGAAUGGUAGAGAGAAUUGGAAAAGUGAUUGCUGA